AUGUUAUUUGUAGCAACAAGGUCUCAGCUGACUGAUGAUUUCUACGUGAAAACAUGUCCAAAUCUGUUUAAUAUUGUUCGUAGAGAGGUUCGAAAUGCAAUCAAGUUUGAGAUGAGAAUGGCAGCUUCUUUGCUUCGGCUUCACUUCCACGAUUGCUUUGUUAAUGGGUGUGAUGCAUCACUUUUGUUGGAUGGAAAUGACGGUGAGAAAUUUGCAGCCCCCAACCUGAAUUCAGCAAGAGGAUAUGAAGUAGUAGAUUCAAUAAAGAAUGCUGUAGAGAGUGCAUGCAGUGGAAUUGUUUCAUGUGCAGAUAUAUUGGCUAUAGCUGCCAGAGAUUCAGUGCUCCUGAGUGGAGGGCCUUCAUGGAAGGUUUUGCUUGGGAGAAGAGAUGGAUUAGUGUCAAAUCAAACAGGAGCCAAUAUUUCAUUGCCUUCUCCCUUUGAACCUCUUGAGGCAAUCACUGCCAAAUUCGUAGCUGUUGGCCUCAAUACCACAGACGUUGUGGCCUUAUCAGGUGCGCACACAAUCGGGUUAUCAAGAUGUGCUUUCUUCAGCAAUAGAUUGUCAAACUUCUCCGGGACGGGCGCUCCAGACAGCACACUGGACAGCACCCUAAUUUCUGAACUACGAGCUGCAUGUCCAGUAAACAGUGAUGGAAACAACACAGUUCCUCUUGACAGGAACUCAAGAGACUUGUUUGAUAACCAUUAUUUCUCAAACUUGCUCAAUGGGAGGGGCAUUCUUCUUUCCGAUCAGACUUUAUUUUCCAGCGAUGCUGCAGUGUCAACAACCAGAAGUCUUGUGCAACUCUACAGUAAUAAUUCUGCUUUAUUCUUCAGUGAUUUCGUUAAUUCGAUGAUUAGGAUGGGGAACAUAAGUCCGGUAACUGGAUCGAAUGGACAGAUUAGAAAGAACUGCAGAGUCGUAAAUCCUUCCCCCCUUUCCCUUCUCCCCUGCGUCACUGACUCGGAGCAGCUCGGAAGACAUCCUGAGUUGCUAAGCAGCAGGGGAUUGGGGGACAGACUCACCGAUAAUUCUGGUGUCACAAGGUGA